UCGGGCCCUUCAUACUCUUAGUACGCUGCUGAAUCAUGCUGAAAGGCAUUUUUAGAUUAUCGGCACACCAGCAUCAGGAGAGAUGACACCAGCGCUGUGGUGUGCUGUGGUGGAGAGCGUGGAACUCAAGCCAUUGUGCAAGCGCAUCAGUCUCCUCGAUUUCAUAGCGACGACUUCAUUUACAUUUUAUGAGACGAGAGAACGACCUUUCCGUCUGAUUUUUUUUUUAAAUUGUUCCUUAUAAAAUUCCGCUGUGGGGGAUAUUGCCAGAUUUUGCAAUUUCGCUUUUGAAACAUGCUAAAAAUACGUUCAAAAGCAAGAAAUUUCUUUUUUUAAUUUUUUCCAAACAACGCUUGACGAGACGAUAGAUUUAUUUCCCCUGAUUACGAAAUUUAUAAUAAUUAUAUGUUUUUUUCAUUAUUGUGCCUGAAAAACGGGAAAAACUAUCUAGUAGUUCACCUACUCCCCGUUGGUGGCGCCAGUUUGUCUCCUGCGCACCCAUAAAAGGCAUCACGUAUCGUUUCCUAUGCUUCAGUAUUUGCGCUUGGUUUGUUUCCAAUGCGCACGCGCAACAAAUGAAUUUGAAAACCAAGCACACGAAACGUCGUUCAACCGUCGUUUAAUCACGUUCAAUCGCGUUUAACCUUUGCCGAAGUAACCUGGCAUUCAUUCUAUAAUCUUUGGACAGGAAAUAUGUUCACACGUCAGAUGAUAGUUUUGUUAUUGUGAAAGUAUUAGGUAAUUUGAUGGUAAACAAUUUGAAUUUGUAGACAGUUGAUGCGUGUGACUGCGAGGGAUUUUAUUUUAUUAUUAUAGACGAAAAGAUGGAAUCACGUUUGCCUAAACCAAAAAUUGUUUUGACAGACUCUAUUAAUUUUAAAUCGACUAAUACUUCAGACAUGAAUAAGACAAAAGCUUUCAAAAGUGGUGACGAACAGUCUCAUUCGAAUAUCAAUAAUGCAUCUGAAAUGUUGAAAAAGACACAAAGUGUAGUGAACCUUGAUUUAAAAAGUACCAUAAAAAAUAAACCUGUGACGAAGGAAAACCUCGCUAGAUCGAAAACGAUGUCGUCGAUAACAACUAGAAUUUUGAAAAGACCAGCUACUACAAACAUUGUACAUGCAGCAGUUAAAAAGCCAUUUAUUAAACCUGUUUCUAAGCCAGGAGCUGUACAACAGAAUGCUACAUCAACAGGCAAGAUUGUUAAUAGCACUGUACCAGUUACAGCAGAUAAAAAAACACAAAGUAACUGUACAACCAAACCAAAUAAGUGGGAUAUUAAGGGUCGCUUGGCCUACACAACCAAUGAAUUAUCUACCUUACGAGGAAAGUAUAAAGAUACCGCAUUGAAACUUAACGUGCUACAGGAACAGGUGAAUACUUCAGAAGCAAAUACAAAUGUGUAUAAGUUAAAGAUAGAAGAAUAUGAAACUUUAAACAAGAGAUUAGAUGAUGAACUCAAGGAAUUGAAAGUAGCAAUGAGUACUAUAGAAGAAGAAAGAAAGAAUUUGAAUAAACGUUUGUUGGAAUCCAAAGAAUCAUUUAAUUCUGUCUCAAAAUGUUUAGAAGAAUUUAAACAAAAGUGCUUGUCUCAAGAAGCAUUGCUAUUGAAGAAUACAUCUAUCAUAGAAAAUCAACAAACAGAUUUGGAAAAGCAGGAAAGAAUUAUCAAAGAAUUAAGUACAGUCAAUAGUGAAUUACAGUCUCUAGUUCAUACAAUGGACAAGGAUCGUAGAUGUCUACAUAAUGCGAUACAGGAAUUAAAAGGAAAUAUUCGAGUAUUUUGCCGGGUGCGUCCUAGAACUUCAAGUGAAAUCCAGAAAGGAAAAACGAUGUGUAUAAUGAACUUCGUUGAUGAGUCCACUAUCGAGGUGGGUAAGUUAGAUGGUUCUGAUGCAAUGAGUUGUAGUGGAAAGCUAAGAGGAAUGCGACAAGAAUUUUCCUUCGACAAAGUUUUUCCACCUAAUACCAGCCAACAAGAUGUCUUCGAAGAGUUAGCUCUUUUAGUUCAGUCUGCUUUAGAAGGAUAUAAUGUUUGUGUAUUUGCAUAUGGUCAGACUGGUUCAGGUAAAACUUUUACGAUGGAAGGUUCACCUGGAACUGAUACAGAGGGCAUGAUACCUAGAACGGUACGACACAUAUUCAAAGAAAUGAAGCAAUUCCAAUUACUUGGCUGGGAGUACCGAAUUGAAGCUAGUUUCCUUGAGAUUUAUAAUGAGCAUAUCGUUGAUUUACUUGAUUCUCAAGUAAAAACACACGAAAUCCGUAUGACUGAUAGUAAAGGACACGAUUUAUAUGUUAGCAAUCUUAAAAUUGAGGAAAUACAUAGUCCUGAAGAACUGCACGAAUGCCUUCUAACCGCCCAACGUAAUAGAGCAGUCGCGGCUACUUUAUCCAAUGAACGAUCAUCGAGAUCGCAUUCGGUAACGAGAAUAAAACUUAUCGGUUUGCAUAAAGGGAAAGAAGAAGUUUCGAUAGGAAAUUUGAAUUUAGUAGAUUUAGCGGGUUCUGAAAGACUGAAAGCAGAGGAAUCAGCUCGAAUUGCCGAAACAAAAAAUAUUAACAAAUCGCUAGCGAAUUUAGGUAAUGUAAUUCUUGCUCUGUUGAAGAAGCAGGAACAUAUACCCUAUAGAAAUUCGAAGCUUACCCAUUUGUUAAUGCCGUCUCUGGGUGGCAAUUCUAAAACCUUAAUGUUACUAAAUAUAUCGCCUUUAAACGAAUGUUACAAUGAAACUUUGAAUUCGUUGAGGUUCGCCAACAGUGUGAAUAGUUGCAAGAUAGGUAAUGUAAAACGAACACGUACAGUUCUACAACAGAGUCUACAAUAAACUCUAACGAAUUCUACUUUGCUAUGGUACUAUUUAAUCUUAGAAAAGUGAAAGUUUCAUUAACCCUUUGCAGUCUUAUGUCGAAUGUAGCUCGAUGAAAAUGUACUCAAAUCAGAAAAUUUGGACUGCAAAGGGUUUAAGAUAUCUUCACAAUUACAGUCACCUCUGGUACCGAGCAAUGUGGCAACUGUUGUUGACGAACAGCGAUUAACACUGUUCAAUGAAUUUUAUACAGAUAUUUUCUUUUAACACAUAUAAUUAUCUUUUAAUAAUUAUACGCGAAGCAAUAUAUAAGCAUUAUAUUUGUUUGUAAGUUUGAGUUAGAUAGAAAUUUAAUAGUAUUUAAAAAGGAUGCAGUAAAUUUUCUCACCAUCCUAUAGGUAUUACUGUGGUGCGAUAUCGUUUUUUAAAUAUUAAUGUGAAAAAGAAAACACAAUGUAACAACGAUGUAAUCCAAAAUAAAAAUAACGUCUGAAAUAAGCAGAAUAAUAGAUCAUUGAAAUUUGAAAUAGGGUAAUAAUCAAAUAUAAGCUAACUACAUUCAUAUAAAAGAAUUAGUCACUUUGUGGAAGAUUAAAAUAUAAUAAUUGAUCUCUUUACUUGCUAAUUAAAGUCUAUAAUUUACGUUUUCUUAAAGGAAAUUUCUAUUCAUGCCUAAGUCAUUAUUAUUCAUAUUUUUUACAUAAUCAUUUGAUAAAAUAUUAAAAUAAUUUAAACAAACCAACGCA